ACCGAUUCUUGAUUGCAGUUAUCGUAUAGUUAGUGUGUGCUUUUAUAGCUCAAAAUCAUCAUGUCUAGCAGGAGAACAAGAUUUACAGAAGAUGAGAUUAAUGAACUCAUCUUGAAAUUGCAGGUUCUGUUGCCAGAUUCUAGUUCAAGGUGCAAAACAAGGGUGUCAGCAUCAAAGAUACUGAAGGAGACAUGCAAUUAUAUUAAGAAGCUGCACAAAGAUGUUGAUGGUCUAAGUGAGAGACUUUCUGAACUUCUGGCAUCAAGAGACAUCAGUGUUAUUGAUACAGAUAUCCUUACGAGUCUUCUCCGACAAUGAGUUUGUCACAUUCAACCACCCCUCGAGUGUUGGACUAUGUAAAAUUUAAUUAUAUUGUUCACUUAUAUAUCCACUCGGCCGAGAUUGACCUUCAUGGCGAGGUCAAGGAAGAGCCGCAGUGACGUAGACUAUUAUAAAUUUCUGUAUUUCUUGUUGCUUUUUGUUCGUUUCAUUAUUGCUCUCGUAUUUGAGAUUAGGCUUAAUCCAUAACGGGGCAUCUUUAUGUAA